GGGUUGACCAACCUUUUCUCGAUUUGCGAAAACCGUUACAAUCCAAGUCAAUAUUUGUAGUCCAAAAACACGCCAUUGAUUUCAUUGUGAAUAUGUGAUCACACAUUGCCUAAGAACAAACUGGAUAUUGCAGCUCCAUUAACAAUCUUCUGACAAAAAAUUAUACCAAAAUGUUGAAAAUCGCCACCUUCUCUCUCCCAAUCCUUUUUUGCGCCCUUCUGUUCCGUGGCCAUGCAGACUCCCAACUGUAUGAUGAAGAACAUGAAGUGCUAAUGAAACUGAAGCAACACUGGAGAAAUCCACCAUCCAUCGCCCACUGGACACCAUCAAACUCCUCGCACUGCAACUGGCUUGAGAUCACCUGCACUAGCAAUUCAAUCACCGGCCUAUCACUCAUCAACAUGAGCAUCAGUGAAACUAUCCCAUCCUUCAUUUGUGAGCUCAAGAAUUUAACAUAUCUGGAUCUACAAUACAACAAUAUUCCGGGCAACUUUCCAAUAAUUCUUUACGACUGUUCUAAGCUUGAGUACCUAGACCUCUCUCAGAACUACUUUGUUGGUCCGAUUCCUCAAGAUAUUGAUAGCUUGUCUCAGCUCCGUUUCCUCAACCUAGGCGCCAAUAACUUCACUGGGGACAUUCCUGCAAGUGUUGGGAACUUAACGGAGCUUAAGGAGCUUCAGCUUUAUCAGAAUCAGUUCAAUGGUUCUUUCCCACCAGAAAUUGGCAAUCUGCACAAUCUUGAAAUAUUAGGAUUGGCAUAUAAUACAAACUUCAUGCCAUCAAAGUUGCCUUCAAAUUUCUUGCAAUUGAGAAACCUGAAGACUUUGUGGAUGACUGAAGCAAAUUUGAUUGGUUCAAUUCCCGAAUCAAUUGGCAAUAUGACUGCGCUUGAGACUCUGGAUUUAUCAAGGAAUAGUUUGACUGGAAUAAUCCCCAGCAAUUUGUUCAAGUUGAAACAUUUGAGUGUUUUAUAUCUUUUUAAAAACACAUUAUAUGGGGAAAUUCCUCAGUUUGUUGAAUCUUUAAACUUGACUGACAUCGAUCUCUCGUGGAACAAAUUGACUGGGCCAAUACCAAAUGAUUUUGGGAAGCUUGAGAAGUUGUCAUCGUUGAGUUUAAUGGUCAAUCAAUUAUCCGGUGAAAUCCCAGAAAGCAUUGGACGGAUUCCAACAUUGAAAGAUGUCAGAUUGUUUACCAACAAUUUAUCGGGCGCUCUGCCUCCAGACUUUGGUCGAUAUGCAGCACUUGAAGGUUUCCAGGUUGCUUCCAAUAACCUUAGAGGCAAGCUACCUGAUUACUUAUGUGCUGGAGGUAAGUUGGUCGGACUAGUAGCUUUUGAUAACAAUCUUAGUGGAGAAUUACCUGAAUCUCUUGGGAAUUGUAACAGUUUGUUAAUGAUUAGCAUUUACAACAAUGGUUUUACUGGGAAAAUUCCUGUGGGGUUAUGGACGGCAUCAAAUUUGUCGUAUGUGCAGAUAAGUGAUAAUAAGUUUACAGGUGAGCUUCCUGAUAAAAUGUCAAGGGAUCUCUCUCUUCUUGAGAUCAGCAAUAAUAGGUUUUCUGGUAGAAUUCCUGCUGGAGUGAGUUCUUGGACGAAUCUGCAAAAAUUUAAGGCCAGUCAUAACCUUUUUAGUGGCACAAUUCCAAGAGAAUUAACAGCUCUUCCUGCUAUAACUAUUCUUUGGCUCGAUCAUAACCGACUCUCUGGCACCCUUCCAUCAGAUGUGAUCUCGUGGAAGAGGCUUACUACUUUAAACCUUGGUGGAAAUCAGCUCUCUGGAGAAAUUCCAGAGGAAAUCGGUUCUCUACCUGUCCUUAAUGAUUUGGACUUGUCAGAAAACCAAUUUUCUGGACAAAUUCCAAGUCAACUUGGCUUCUUGAAGCUCACCUCUCUCAACCUCUCUUCCAAUCAUCUCAUUGGAGAAAUCCCAAGUGAGUUUGGAAAUGGUGCAUAUGCCAGCAGCUUCUUGAACAAUCCUGGUCUGUGUACAAGGAGCUCAUUGGUAAACCUCAAAAUCUGCAGUUCUGAUUCUUCUGUACCCCAAAAAUCAAGCAAAAUUUCAUCCCAGAAUCUUACUUCAAUAUUAAGUGCUGUCAUAGCUUUCUUUCUGUUUGCCUUGCUUUGUUCAUUCUUAAUGUUUAGAUUUUUCUUCAAGAGAAAACAUGGACUGAAUACAAGAUUGGAGAUCACCUCAUUCCAAAGGUUGAAUUUCACAGAAAAUGACAUUCUGACAAAAUUGACAGAAACUAACGUGAUUGGAAGCGGUGGGUCUGGAAAAGUAUAUCGUGUUCCUGUAAAUCGUUCAGCUGACUUUGUAGCCGUGAAAAGGAUUGGGAAUAACAGAAAGUUAGACCAGAAGCACGAGAAACAAUUUUUGGCAGAAGUUCAAGUAUUAAGUAGAAUCAGACAUUUGAACAUAGUAAAGUUGCUUUGCUGCAUUUCCAAUGACAAUUUGAAACUUCUGGUUUACGAGUAUGUGGAGAAUCGUAGCCUGGAUCUGUGGCUGCAUAAAAGGAGUCGACCAUCAAUUAUCUCCGGCUCAGGCUCAGUUCAUCAUUUUGUCCUGGACUGGCCCAAGAGGAUGCAGAUUGCGGUGGGGGCUGCCCAGGGACUCUGCUACAUGCACCAUGACUGCUCCCCACCCAUUGUCCACCGCGAUGUGAAAUCAAGCAAUAUCCUGUUAGAUUCGGAGUUCAAUGCGAAAAUAGCUGAUUUUGGUCUGGCUAAAACCCUGGUCAAGAAGGGAGAACUCGAAACAAUGUCAUCUGUGGUUGGCUCCUUCGGGUAUAUUGCUCCAGAGUAUGCUCAUACAACGAAAGUGAAUGAGAAGACAGACAUCUAUAGCUUUGGAGUGAUCCUUUUGGAACUGACAACAGGAAGAGAAGCUAAUCAUGGUGACGAACAUUCAUGCCUCGCCAAAUGGGCGUGGCGAUAUCUUCAAGAUGACAGUCCUAUAGUUGAUGCUUUGGAUGAGGAGAUCAAGGAAGCGUGCUAUUUGGAUGAAAUGAGUCGAGUAUUCAAACUUGGGAUCCUCUGUACCAGCACGCUACCUGCUAAUAGGCCAAGCAUGAAGUCAGUUCUGGAAAUCUUAGUCAAUCCCCGGGUUAUUUCCCCAGACAAGAGUGCUGAUGCGAUUCCACUACUUGCGAAUUCACGAUAGGAGAGGAUGUCAGAUUGAUGUUUAGUUUAAUUUUACUUGCUUCAUUUCCAGUAAUUAGACAGAUUGGUAUUGCAGGGAAACGUUUUUCCAUGUCAAGAAUGGAGAGCAGUGAAUGACGUAUCCCAUAGGCUUUACUUGUGUAUAAAAAUAAAAAUGAAGCAUUUCCACUAUAUACAUCUGAACUGGAAAAAUUGAAUAUUGAAUGGAAUCUAUAUACAUUGUCGA